AUGACAGUCGAGUGGGAGCAGAUGUUGCGAGAGGUCAUGGACAUGCGCAAGAGACAGGAGCAGGAUCCUGACAGAACUGGCCUCAUCCACUUAGCAGGCUUUAAAUCCAUCUACAAGACAUUGGUCUACCGUCCAGAGCUGCUGCAUCUGUUUAACAGACUCUCCAAGGACCAGAGAGCCCUCUCCUCAGAAAAACUUCUUGACUUCAUCCGAAAAGACCUGUGCGAACCUGAUACACAUGAAGAUACAGUCAGACAACUUAUUGGGAAACAUGAGCUGAUGCUAGAAGCCCGCAGAGAGAACUACAUGACAAUUGAAGGGUUUGUCAGGUUCAUGAAUAGUGAAGAUAACUUCAUCCUGCGGAGGGAGCACCAACAGGUGUAUCAGGACAUGAACCAGCCGCUGACAAAUUACUAUAUAUCCACGUCCCACAACACCUAUCUGAUGUCUGACCAGCUUGUGGGCCAGAGUCACCUAUUUGCAUAUAGAAGCGCUCUCAUGAGGGGAUGCCGUUGUCUGGAGAUUGACUGCUGGGAUGGAGAUGAGGAUGAGCCUAUUGUCUUUCACGGAUUUACUUUAACCAGCAAACUCCUCUUUAAAAAUGUAAUCUCUGUCAUUAACGAUUACGCAUUCCAGGCUUCACCGUAUCCCCUGAUUUUGUCAAUUGAAAACCAUUGUUCGGUAAAACAGCAGGAGGUGAUGGCCGGGCACUUAACAGGAAUACUGGGUGAUAAGCUGAUCACAAAGCCACUUGGGUUCUCCAGAUUCCUGCCGUCCCCUGAGGCUCUUAAAGCCAAAAUUUUAAUAAAAGACAAAAAAAUAGAAAAGGGGGCAAUAACAGCCCUAAUUGCCAAUCUCCAUGGCUUGCUUGGGGAUUCUGCUGUGGGUUCCAGCGCGGCACCAAGCAAGGUAGAGAACAGGGAGAUGGCCACGGUACUUUCAGAUUUGGUAAUUUAUACCAUAUCUAAAAAAUUUUACAAUUUUUUAUAUUCAAAAGAAAAACAAAAAUUUACAGAAAUGAAUAGUCUGCUGGAACAGGAGGCACAAAGAUUGGCCCAAAACUCAGCCCAGGAAUUCAUCCAACACACCAGGAGGUUCCUCACUCGGAUUUACCCUAACUGGUCCAGAAUUGACUCCUCUAACUUCUACCCGCAGGAAUUCUGGAAUGUCGGCUGCCAGAUGACCGCUUUAAACUUUCAGACGCCGGGGAUUCCAAUGGAUCUGCAGGAUGGAAAGUUUCUGGAUAAUGGGAGAUGUGGAUAUGUACUAAAGCCAGAAUUUCUGCGCAAUGAAGACUGCAGCUUUGUUCCUCGUGGACGCAAACACAGGACACAACAGAUAUUUUUCACCAUUAAGGUGAUCAGCGGCUUCCUCCUGCCACAUGAAAGUAUCUGUAGAACCAAGCCAAGCCUGAUAGUGAAGGUGCAGAUUUACGGGGUUCCAGUCGAUGAGGGGCGGAAACAAACACAAGUGGUGAACAACGCAUUUAACCCCCAGUGGAACCAGUCACUGGACUUUAUCAUCCAGGUCCCGGAGCUGGCACUGGUACGGAUCUCUUUGGAGGAUCAGCUGUUAAUGGUUUCCAACGAGUUCCUGGGACAGUACACUCUGCCACUGACCAGCAUGAGCAAAGGAUAUCGUCACAUCCCCCUGCUGAACAAGCAUGGUCAGAGCAUGGCGCCCGCAUCUUUGUUUGUACACAUCUGGUUUCACUAAUCGUCGCCGGCUAUGACGCCACCCGUCUGUGUACAAUAAAACUAGUGGCUG